AUGCAGUUAUCUUCAACUCUCGCCCUCCUCGCCUCCUACUUUGGCCUUGCCACAGCCAUCCACCUGCCCAACGGUGCCUGGGAGGGCACCACGCUCGCCAACGGCACGUACUCCAUCAAGCCCGCGGGCGCUCCGGAUAGCGAGUCAUUCCUCGUUGAGCCGACCACCCAGAAAAGGUCCGGGGCGCCCGUGGCCAAGCGUUACGCAGGCAGCGGCCAUACGCUGUCGAGCGGCGACAAGAACACUUUUGUGGCAUUCAUCGCCGAGGGCAUGAUGGUUUACUACUGCAUUGACGCGCCGCGGAGCAGCGGCAACCUCGAUGUCGACGACGUCAACUACGCCCUGGAGCAGAUGGACGCCACCUGUCGCCGCUACGAGGCGAGCUACUUCAAGUGGGACGGUAGCGUCGAGAUUGUCGGCAAAGGUCGCUCUGGAGACAAUGUCUGCGUUUGA